AUGCUCGAGAGCGCAGAGCUGAACUUCAACGCCGACCAUGGCUACCUGGAGGGCCUGGUGCGCGGCUGCAAGGCCGGCCUCCUGACCCGGCGGGACUACGUCAACCUGGUCCAGUGUGAGAACCUAGAAGAUCUGAAAAUUCAUCUCCAGACCACGGAUUAUGGCAACUUCUUGGCUAAUCAAGCCACUCCUCUUACUGUUUCCGUUAUUGACACCGAGAUGAGGAAAAAGCUCUGCAGAGAGUUUGAGUAUUUCCGGAAUCACUCCCUGGAGCCGCUAAGCACCUUUUUCACAUACAUGACGUGCAGUUACAUGAUAGACAACGUGAUUCUCCUGAUGAACGGCGCGCUGCACAACAAACCCGUGAAGGACAUUCUGGUGAAGUGCCACCCCCUGGGCCAUUUCACAGAAAUGGAAGCAGUCAACAUUGCAGAGACACCUUCUGACCUCUUCAAUGCCAUUCUGGUCGAGACACCGUUGGCUCCGUUCUUUCAAGACUGUACCUCUGAAAAUGCUCUAGAUGAACUGAAUAUUGAAAUCCUGCGUAAUAAACUAUACAAGUCCUACAUCGAGGCAUUCUAUAAAUUCUGUAAGAAUCACGGAGAUGUCACAGCAGAAGUCAUGUGUCCCAUUCUGGAGUUUGAGGCUGACCGGCGUGCGUUUAUCAUCACUCUGAACUCCUUUGGCACCGAGCUGAGCAAAGAGGACCGGGAGACCCUCUACCCGACCUGCGGCAAGCUCCACCCCGAGGGGCUGCGCCUGCUGGCCCAGGCUGAGGACUUCGAGCAGAUGAAGAGGGUGGCGGACAGUUACGGAGUAUACAAGCCUUUGUUUGAGGCCGUAAGUGACAGCAGUGGGGGAAAGACUUUGGAGGAUGUGUUUUAUGAGCGUGAGGUACAGAUGAACGUGCUGGCGUUUAACCGGCAGUUCCACUAUGGCGUGUUUUAUGCAUACACCAAGCUGAAGGAACAAGAAAUGAGAAAUAUCGUGUGGAUAGCCGAAUGCAUUUCACAGAGACAACGAACUAAAAUUAACAGUUACAUUCCAAUCUUAUAG